GUCGGCACCACCACGCGGAAGGAAUUUCGCAGCUUCGGCUUCGGCCGACCGGCCUUUGACGCUACUAGCAGCAGCAGCCAUCAUCAUCAUCACUACCAACAACAUCAGCAGCAGCAGCUUCCCUUCAUCGGUUACCAUCAGCAGCAGCGGUACUAUCAGCACUUUGGCAAAAUAGUUGCCAACGCCGGUCAGUUAUCCCAGAUGAUGACGAUGGACGUCACCAAGCCCGAAGCGCCAUCCGGCGCUGCCGGUCUCAGCAGCGGCGGCGGCGGAAGUGUUGCCAGCAACGGGCCCAACUCUCAGCAGUCCCAAAAUGGUACGGGUGGUGGUGGUGGUGGUCAGAAUCAGGCAGCGGUCAACCAGCAACUGUGCGCCGGUUGUGGAAAACACAUCCAGGACCGGUUCCUGCUGCGAGCGCUGGACCUGCUGUGGCACGAGGACUGCCUAAAGUGCGGCUGCUGCGACUGCCGGUUGGGCGAGGUCGGUUCCACACUGUACACCAAGGGCAACCUGAUGCUGUGCAAGCGGGACUACCUGAGACUCUUCGGCAACACUGGCUUCUGCGCCGCCUGCAACAAAGUGAUACCGGCCUUCGAGAUGGUGAUGCGCGCCCGGAACAACGUGUACCAUCUCGAGUGCUUCGCCUGUCAGCAGUGUAACCAUCGGUUCUGCGUCGGUGACAAGUUCUACCUGUGCGAGAACAAAAUCCUCUGCGAGUACGACUACGAGGAGCGGUUGGUGUUCGCUUCGAUGGCCAAUCAUCCGAUGUUGAAACGUCAAAUCGGCCAAGGAGGUGGCGGUGGGGGUGGCGGCGGCGGCGGCGGAGGAGGAGGAGGAGCUGCAGGUCCCCUAUCGGGCGGCGGCGGUGGUCAUCAUCCGAUGCAGAACGGAAUCGGCGGUGGCCAAUCGCCGAACCCGAACGCGCUGAUGUCGCAACUGGUUGCGGCAGGACAGCGAACCGGUAACGCGCCCGGUGCCGGUGCCGGUGGCGAUCACAACAACAACAGUAAUCUGGCGGUCGGCGGCGGCGGACCGUCCCCGUUUGGGACCCCCACGCACAUGAAGGCCGCCCUGAGCAGUGCUAGUUAA